CACGGUUGCCAUGGAUUUUUCUGGUUCAGCCACGCCCAUUUGUAGUGACGUCGCACGGUAGCAGUCCGUCAGUCACGUCGUUAUGAGAAAAGGAAACAAAAGAGCUCGACUGCGUUGAGGUUUGUCACAGUGACAAGCAACUAUUUUUGGAGACUAUUAUUAAGAGCAGUUUCCUCGACGCGCAGACAAUGCUGAGACAACUCGUCUGCAUUGUAGCACGCAAGGAAGGGUGACGACAAGAAGCAAGGUGGCUAAUGCUACUCCCCUAGUAGCUGACUGCCACUUUAGUUUUAAGAAUCAUGACACAGGAAGGCAGUGUGUGUGACGUCACCCUUGGUGUGGGGGGCAUGACUUGUGGCUCCUGUGUCCAAUCCAUAGAGCAGAAAAUUGGUUCUCUGCCAGGUGUAAUACACAUAAAGGUCUCUUUAGAGCAGGCGAAUGCCACAAUCAUUUUUAAUGACAGCCAACAGAGCGUAACAUCCCUGUUAGAGGCCAUCGAUGACAUGGGGUUUGAAUCAAGUUUAUCUACGUCCGGCGCGACCACGCCCGUUUGCACUGACACCCAGCUGAUCCCAACAUCAGGACUGACGUCUGCAGCUCGAAGGGAGGCUAUGGAGAUGCUGUCUCAGAUUCCAGGAGUACUGGAUGUCAGAGAGAGUCAGACGGAAGAGGGCCUCACCGUCACCUUUGCCUCGUCUUUGACAGCAGUGAAGGAGCUCACUGAAGUCAUUUUGAGCCUCUCGCCAUCUGAGAAUGCCACUCCUAGCAGCCCUGUGCCCAAAGACUUGCGCAUAUCGUCAUCUCACAACACCGAAACCAGAGCAGCGCUCUUGAAGAUGAGCAUUGAAGGCAUGACCUGUCAUUCCUGCACCACCACGAUUGAGGGGAAGAUUGGAAAAUUGAAAGGGAUUGAAAAGGUCAAAGUAAUUUUAGAUUCUCAGGAAGCUACGAUUGUGUACCUGCCUUACCUCAUCAGUGUUCAGACCAUCAUUGACCAGAUUUCUUUGGCCGGCUUUAAGGCCUGUGUAAAGUCUAAACCACGCCCUCUGCAAUUGUCCAUUGGUGAAGUUGAACGUUUUGCUGAUUCUCAAAAAACAAGUGCUUCUUUGCCAUUAGACACUUCUCAAGAGACAGAAAUCUUUAUUGACGCGACUCUGGUGGCGCUCAGGGUGAAAGGCAUGCACUGUCGAUCCUGUAUGGUCUAUAUCCAAGACAAUAUCUCCACGUUACCUGGUGUAUCCUCUGUGGUGGUCUCUCUCGAGGAGGAGAAAGCCUCAAUCUGCUUUGAUCCACUGAAAGUCACAGUGCCUCAGUUGCAGCAGGCAAUUGAAGCACUUCCUCCGGGGAACUUCAAGACUCAACCCUGGGACUCUUCUGGGCUUCUAAGCCCUCCAGCAAACUCCCCUCCACCUGCUUUAUCUUCACCUCAACCGUUUGAAGGAUUCCUGGCCAAACCUGCUGUAUCCCAAUCUUGUUUUAUCCAGCCUCUGGCAUCCAUGGCCAAGAUUCACAUUGAGGGCAUGACAUGCAAUUCCUGCGUCCAGUCAAUAGAAGGCAUGAUGUCUCAGAGGAAAGGUGUGAUGUCAGCCCACGUCUCUCUGGCCGAUCAGCAGGGCUUUUUUGAAUAUGACCCCCUGUUGACCUCCUCAGAAGAGCUGAGGGAUGCCAUAGAAGAUAUGGGCUUUGAUGCCUCCAUACCCGAGCCCAAUCCCCUCCCAACUGUGUCAUGUCCCAGAGUCCUCAAGUCUUCAAGUGUAGCACCAAUGAAAGAUAAGGAACUAGACAGCAGCCCCCUCAAACAGAUCCCCCUGGAUUGCAAAAGGGACAAGAGAGACAAGAACUCAAGUGCCGACAAGUGUUUCAUCCAGAUUCGAGGCAUGACCUGCGCGUCAUGUGUGGCAAACAUUGAGCGAAACCUCAAAAAUGAAUCUGGUAUCUACACCGUUCUGGUAGCAUUAAUGGCUAGUAAGGCCGAGGUGCGGUAUAAUGCCGAAAUGAUCGACCCUGUGAAGAUUGUAGAGUGUGUGAACGAGCUCGGCUUCUCUGCCUCAGUCAUGGAGAAUUAUGAAGGUUCAGAUGGAAACCUGGAAUUAGUGGUAAGGGGAAUGACUUGUGCUUCAUGUGUUCACAAAAUCGAAUCCAGCCUUAUGAAAGAAAAUGGGAUUAUAUAUGCCUCUGUUGCCUUAGCAACCAACAAAGCACACAUUAAGUACGACUCCGAAGUGAUAGGACCACGAGACAUCAUCAAGCUGAUUAGGAAUUUGGGUUUUGAAGCAUCACUGGUGAGAAGGGACCGUGCUGCCAGCCACUUGGACCACAGCAAAGAGAUACGACAGUGGAGGAAGUCUUUCCUGGUGAGCCUAAUAUUCUGUUUGCCGGUGAUGGGUAUGAUGAUAUACAUGAUCAUCAUGGACCACCAGAUGAACGUUUCACACCAGCACAACGCCACGGCCGAGGACCUCAACCUCUUCCAUGCCACCAUGUUCCUGGAGAGACAGUUGCUCCCAGGCCUCUCUGUCAUGAACCUCCUCUCUUUCCUCUUUUGUGUGCCUGUGCAGUUCAUUGGCGGUCGCUACUUCUACAUUCAAGCCUACAAAGCAGUGAAACACAGAUCUGCCAACAUGGACGUGCUUAUAGUCCUGGCCACCUCCAUAGCCUUCACAUACUCCUCCAUCGUACUAAUAGUGGCCAUGGUGGAGAAAGCAAAAGUCAACCCCAUCACCUUUUUCGACACACCACCUAUGCUCUUUGUCUUCAUCUCCAUGGGACGCUGGUUGGAACAGAUAGCCAAGAGCAAAACGUCUGAGGCUCUUUCCAAGCUCAUGUCUUUGCAAGCCACUGAGGCCACAGUGGUCACUCUCAAUAGCGAUUCAUCCAUUCUAAGUGAGGAUCAAGUGGAUGUUGAGCUGGUGCAGAGGGGUGAUGUGGUAAAAGUAGUCCCUGGUGGAAAGUUUCCAGUUGAUGGCAGAGUUCUUGAAGGACAUUCCAUGGCGGAUGAGUCUCUCAUCACAGGUGAGGCCAUGCCCGUGACAAAGAAGCCAGGGAGUGUUGUGAUUGCAGGCUCCAUUAACCAGAAUGGCUCUCUGCUGGUCAGCGCUACACAUGUUGGCAUGGACACCACGUUGUCACAGAUUGUCAAACUAGUUGAAGAGGCUCAGACCUCAAAGGCUCCUAUCCAGCAGUAUGCUGAUAAGAUCAGUGGCUACUUUGUACCCUUCAUCGUCGGCGUGUCAGUCCUCACUUUGAUUUCCUGGAUUGUAAUUGGGUUCCUCGAUUUCCCUCUUGUGGAAAAAUACUUUCCUGGUUACGACAAGAGCAUUUCCAGGACAGAGGCAGUGAUUCGCUUCGCUUUCCAGGCCUCCAUAACUGUGUUGUGCAUUGCUUGCCCCUGCUCCCUCGGUCUGGCGACCCCAACGGCUGUCAUGGUGGGCACUGGGGUUGGAGCCCAAAAUGGCAUCCUGAUAAAAGGAGGUGAACCUCUGGAAAUGGCACAUAAGGUCCAAUCAGUGGUGUUUGAUAAGACCGGGACCAUUACAUAUGGCGCUCCAGACGUUAUCCAGGUCAAAAUAGUUGUGGAAGGUAACAAGAUGCCUCGCUCUCGGCUGCUCGCCAUCGUGGGCACAGCAGAGAACAACAGCGAGCACCCUCUGGGAGCGGCUAUCACCAAGUACUGCAAGCAGGAGCUUGGCACAGACUCGCUCGGCAUGUGCACAGACUUCCAGGCCGUGCCGGGCUGCGGCAUCCGGUGUCUGGUCACCAACACAGAGAUGCUGUCAAAGCAUGGAGACAGCGACAGCGAGGACAACAACCAGCGCAACAGCAUGCUUGUUCAGAUGAGCGACACCCUCAUGUCCACCAGCUCCCAUCCUCUUAUCAUGGACCCACAGCCACUCAGCCUGGCCCAGACUGCAAGCUACAUCGUCCUCAUUGGCAAUCGUGAGUGGAUGAGGAGGAAUUGUCUGCAGAUCCCGCAUGAUAUCGAUAAUGCCAUGACCGAGCAUGAGCGCAGAGGACGCACCGCCGUCCUGGUUGCUGUAGACAAUCUGCUGUGUGCCAUGAUAGCCAUAGCGGACACAGUGAAACCGGAAGCUGAGCUGGCAGUCCAAACUCUGACCAGCAUGGGCUUGGAGGUUGUGUUGAUGACGGGAGAUAACAGCAAGACGGCACGGGCCAUUGCUGCACAGGUGGGCAUCAGGAAGGUGUUUGCGGAGGUGCUGCCCUCCCACAAGGUGGCCAAGGUGGAGCAGCUGCAGCAGUCGGGAAAGAGGGUCGCCAUGGUGGGCGACGGCAUCAAUGAUUCACCCGCUCUGGCCAUGGCAGACGUCGGCAUUGCCAUUGGAACCGGCACUGAUGUGGCCAUCGAGGCAGCUGACGUGGUCUUGAUUAGGAAUGACCUGCUGGAUGUGGUUAGCAGUAUCGACCUCUCGAAAAAGACAGUCAAGAGGAUCAGGAUCAACUUUGUCUUUGCUCUCAUCUACAAUCUGGUUGGCAUUCCCAUCGCUGCAGGUGUGUUCCUUCCUGUUGGUCUGGUGUUACAGCCAUGGAUGGGCUCUGCUGCCAUGGCGCUAUCUUCCGUCUCUGUGGUUUUGUCCUCGCUUCUACUCAAGUGCUAUACAAAGCCCAGCGCAGAGAAGCUCGAGACCCGGCUGGGCAGCGACAGGCGGCAUGGCAGCCUAUCUGACGUCAGCGUCCACAUCGGCAUGGGCGAGCUACGGCGAUCCUCGCCCAAGCUCAGCCUCCUCGACCGCAUCGUCAACUACAGCCGGGCGUCCAUCAAUUCGCUGCGCUCUGACAAGCACUCGAUCCACAGCCUGGCGCUCAGUGAGCCAGACAAACACUCGCUCCUGGUGGGGGAGCCUCCGUGCGACGAGGACGUCUGCUGAAGGACCCUGUCACAAAGUGCCCGAGGUAGCUGCGUUCUUCCCCCCUGUGCGUCUUCGCUAAUGGCGCUGUCUGGAUGGCAUCACACUUAACUCCAAGAGAGCGUGUGGGCCUUCGUUCGGAUCACGAGCACUUCAGAGCAAACCGGCUCAUUUGCUCUUCUCUCCCAUGUUUCUUUAUGUUGAGGUCAGAGCCCUCUGGCAUCCUCAGACAAGCCCUCCUACACGGCUAUGUAUCCAAAGACCUUUUCAUGUUUUAGUUCUUUUUCAUUCGUUGUUGUAUAUUAUAUUUAUAUUUAGCCGUAUUUAUCUUAUGUUCAUCUAAAUCUAUGUGGAAGAUCCAAAUGACACUUGAGAGUGAGUUGGAAACCGUGUUAGCCAAGUGCCAGUGGAAAGGCCAUCGUGGCAAAGUCCAGCACAUUCCAAAGAGAGCACCUUUGAUCCGACAGCGCUCACGUGCAUCCAUGACGACGUAUAGGCGUUCACUUUACUGGAUGUAAUCUGCUGUUAUCUUGUUACAUUUGUGCUGCUCAUUGUCAUGCAGUUUCUUCUUGAUGUCACACAAGUGCAUUUAGGCCAUUAGUACUGGUCGCAUGGCGUUAAUGUAGUGUCAUGUGUUACUGCUUCAAAGCUUCUUGUGUGUUGCAUAAGUUGUGGCACAUCUUACUAUAAUGGAUGGUUUACUGUUAGGCUACAUUACUGCUUUUUUUUUUCAUGCUUCACUUUUGGCGCUAUCUGCAUUUUUUAAAGUCAGCAUUUUGUCACACCAGAGUCCACGCCCUCUCUCUUUGGUUUUGCUGCUUUCCCAAUGACGUGUCUGAACUCCACUGAGCAUUAUCACACCGGCCUGUCCAAGCAACGCCCACAGAGUGUCACAUUCUGUGUACAUGUACCGUUAAAUAAAGUUAAGUGUGCCCUGAAUGUUCUAAGUCAGAAGUGGGGAACCUAGGGCUAUGACUCAUAAAAACAUUUAAUCCGCAACAGCAACCCCCCCCCCCACACACAAAAUGAGCCAAAAUGCUCAUAAUUUAUACUAAAUUAUAACAUUAAUUCAAUGUUAUAUGUUUUUGUUGAAAUUAGGAUGAAUUUGAAAAAACCUCCACCCCUGUUCUAAGAUACUGUGCCUUGGGAGAAAAAAAAAUAAUUUAAUGUAAUCAUGUUUUUUGUCACGUGCCUAAAGAUGGCAGGUUCAUCAUUCACAUAAAAAUCACAGAGUCGGUGAACUGCACAACCAAACGCCAUUUAAUUUUUAGAAAUACAGAAUUCUUAUGAUUUACUCCUUCACAUGAUCACUUGAGCUGUAUUUUUUAUUAAAUUUUUUGGGACAGUUUCCACUAGUUUGUGCAGUAGUUUGAGAUGUACAGCAUUCAAGAGGGAUUAUCUCUCAUUGGAUUCAAUUAUGUUAAGAAAAUCAAUGCAAGAAAAGUCAAGUAAACAUUAAAAUAGGAAUUUUGUGCUACUCCCUCAGCUGGUCAAAGGUUAACUAAACAACAUUGGUUGAAGGGUUACAAAAAAAUGAAACAAAAGUGCAGCAUUUCAUGUCAGCAUUCCAAUAUUGUGCUUUCGUGGACGAAGACUUGUCUGGAGCAGGAAAACGUUACAUUCAGUUCACUUUGACGACAAGAACAGAUGCCACUUCAUACCAGCUGGGAACACCUCUCUGGAAACACUAUUUAAAUCAAGUUACUCGUACAAUACACCAAUAGUAGAUUCAGAGACUAUUAAACAUCUUUACAGUGAUCACACCAUGAUGAUGAGCAAUGGAAUUGACAUUCACAAACAUUUGAUUUAAACGUGCAUUUGUUGGAUUAAAUUCGAUAUAGAAAAUAUCAAUCUAGGUUUUCGCUUGUGAUUUUUAUUUUUCUAUGUGUUGUUUUGUUUUUGCCAUCCCUGAUGUUUUACAAGUGGCCAGGUUCUCUGGCCAGAUUUAGAAUCAUGUGCUGUAUAAAUUAAAGUGACCACUACAGUCCAGGUAGGCGAGAUGGCGCCUGCUUAUUUUGAUAUUAAAUAUCCUCCUUUGAGUCUUAAACUUUAUGUAAUACUGAUAAAGCUUUCUACAAUUAAAUGACAUGAUGAUGAGAA